UUGAAAUGGUUACCUUAAAACAUUCUCAAUCUUACCCUCCACAAAUCCAAUUUUGACCUUCAUUUUCCUCUCUCCGGUCCUCGCUCGCUCGCUUGGAUUCAUUCACCGGCGACGGCAUUGGAUCGUUAUUUCCACCUGUCACCAAAAUGUCAGUCACCGUUCCAGUGCCGGAAAACUCUGUACAACAAGACAACGAUGAUGCUGAACCGUUGCUUCAUUCUACAAUUCGAAAUAGGGAUCUCCUGACAACCACUAGCAACGAAGAUUCUAGUCCAUCUGAUAAAACUGGCUCUCACAAGGACAAAAAUUCUAUGAGCUCAUCAAGAUGCUUUGGGGUGGAACUAACCCCAGAUAACAUUGCAGUUGCUAUGGUUUAUUUUGUUCAAGGUGUCUUAGGCCUUUCAGAUCUUGCAGUCGGCUUUUAUUUGAAGGAUGACCUACAUCUAGACCCUGCAGAGACAGCUGUGAUUUCUGGUUUCUCAUCAUUGCCAUGGCUUAUAAAGCCGUUAUAUGGGUUCAUCAGUGAUUCCUUCCCACUCUUUGGAUACCGGAGAAGGUCAUACUUGGUACUAUCAGGACUUCUUGGAGCACUCUCAUGGUUUUUGAUGGCCACCUUUGUAGACAGCAAGUAUGGCGCUGCUUUCUGCAUACUUAUUGGUUCUCUUUCUGUUGCUUUCUCAGAUGUUGUUGUAGAUUCCAUGGUCGUUGAGCGGGCACGUGGUGAGUCGCAAAGCAUGUCAGGAUCUCUUCAGUCACUUUGCUGGGGUUCUUCAGCAUGUGGUGGAAUUGUCAGUUCUUACUUUAGUGGAUCCCUUGUGGGUGCUUAUGGUGUGAGGUAUGUUUUUGGUGUAACAUCAUUACUUCCAUUGAUAACAUCUGCAGUAUCUCUACUUGUGAAAGAGGAACCUGUACAUGGCCCUGCAAGGCGUUUAUCUUUAGGCAGUAGCUUCUUUGAGAGUUCAAAAAGUAGCAUUAUCCAGUUAUGGGGAGCAGUUAAGCAGCCUAAUGUUUUUCUUCCCACGCUAUUUAUUUUCCUAUUUCAGGCAACACCGCAGUCAGGUUCUGCUGCGUUUUACUUCAUAAUCAAUAAACUUGGUUUUACUCCAGAAUUCUUAGGCCGCCUUAAGCUUGUUACUUCAGUUGCAUCACUUAUUGGUGUUGCACUUUACAAUGGUUUCUUAAAGAAAGUUCCUUUAAGAAAAAUAUUCUUUGUGACAACUAUUAUCGGUUCAGCUUUUGGGAUGACACAGGUACUUCUGGUAACCGGAUUGAACCGGAAGUUUGGCAUUAGUGAUGAGUGGUUUUCACUUGGGGAUUCCUUGAUCCUGUCUGUUCUUGGUCAGGCCUUCUUCAUGCCUGUUCUUGUAUUGGCUGCAAGAAUAUGUCCACUGGGAAUGGAGGCAACCUUCUUUGCAACCCUUAUGUCCAUAGCCAAUGGUGGAAGUACGCUUGGGGGCCUACUUGGUGCAGGUUUAACUCACAUCCUUGGUGUCACCAAGGACAAAUUUGACAACUUGGCUCUACUAAUAAUUAUCUGCAAUCUUAGCUCUCUGCUUCCUAUACCACUACUUGGCCUUCUUCCUCGAGACGAACCUGAUUCAGAGGAGAAUACUGCUAUUGAGAUGACGCCGUAUUAAAUUCCUGCCUUCUCUGCAUAUAACAUCAAUACCUGAUGACAUGAAAUUGCUAAUGUGGCCUCAGACAUGGUUGAUCAUUUUAACUGCAGCUUUUCAUGUUAUUACUGGGAGAGAUUGUCUUAUUCGGUGGGAGAGAAUCCACUCAUGUAAUUAGUUACGAUCUCAAGACAUUACUUGACACAAAAAUUGUAAAUUAGUAAUAUUUACUAGUACUAGUUUUUAAGCUACUAGUUGGAUCGAUUUUGAGGGGAUUCCAUUAUCGUAACAUUUAUAUUACUGGAUAGACAGCAAAAGAUUUGAUGUCUA